GUUAGUAGGAUUUGAAAGUAAUUACCGAAAUUAUUAGCGAUUGGUCGAACGGCUAAAAAAUGUAUAGAGAAAUAAAAGAAACAACCUCAAUUAUAAUCACACAUUUAUAAUCAGCCAACCAAAAACCCCAAAAUAAAAUUGAUUAACACGCGUAAUGCUUAGCACGCGCUGUGAUUAGCAUUCCGUAAGCACGUUUUGAUUGUUGCUAAACAAUAAAUUUUGAGAAUACUUGUUCAACUAUUGUUGGAGUUCUUAAUACGAUUGUAGUAAGUUAUCGCAAGCGAUUUUUUGAGAAAAAUGGAGGUUAAUAAUUGUGAUGAAAAAGAAAGCGUUUAUAAUUCAAAGGAAAAAGUUUCAGGUGAUAAAAAAGAAGUCACCCUAGAGCAAUCGGUCGAGACGAUCGUGCAUAUAAUUAUGGAUCUUGCUGCACGCAAAAAAAGAGAAGAAGCAAAAUCGUCUUCUUCUAAUUCCGCUGAAAAAUUGGAAAUGGAGAAAGAAGACUCCUUGGAUUUAAAUGAAACAGGAGAAGUAAUGGAGGAAGUUUCGAAAGUAAUAAAAGAAUUUGAUAAAACAAGAACUAGUGUUGAUAAAUAUUCAUGGGAAAGCGAAUCCGAACAAGAUGAUGAUGAAAAGACUACAAAGUGUUCGGAUAUGUUCGUCUAUAUGUUUUACAAACUGCCAUCAAUGAUCUUUUCCUGCUGGAAAAGAAAAAAGUAAAUGCUGCAUAAUGAAAAAGGUACGUAAAAGAUUACGUAAAUUUUAAUUAUAACAUGACAAUUAUUUAAUAAAAGUUAAUCCAUGUAAGAUUUGGAAUGUUUAUGUUAAUUAACGAAACGAAUAAUAAAGGUUACGAUAAAUGUGCAAAAAUAAAACUUCACGUGAAAUUCAAUUCACUUUAACACUAAGUUAUUCUACUAGUGAAUAAUUUACUUAAAACAUAAUGUCAUAAUCGUCAAUACCAAUUCAUUAAGUCAUUUGACGGUUCGAAUCAACGUCUGAAUAACAGUUAUAUUUACAAGAAUUUCUUUAUCUCGCUCUCAGUGUACUUUCAUUGUGUAUAAAGUACCUGUGACAAUAGAACACGCUACUGUUACGCCUGAAGUUUAGACGAGUUAAUAAAAACAGUUAAUGCGAAAACAGAACAUUAUAGCCUUCACUUUUAACUGGCUCUACUCUCUUGAUUAUGAAACUAAAUGUAUGAUUAUAACCAUAACUGAUUCAAUGAUAAGGCCGCAUCUUAGUUUGUUAUACCCCGUUUGCAGUGAAUAUUUCAAUCCUAAUUGUGAUCAAAAGCUUAAGUGCAAUCCCUCUCGAUUGAAACUAGGUUUAAUUGCGAUAGAUUCAAGAUAGUUCUUAAAACUAGAUUUAGUUAUUAGAGAGUUCGCAAGAUCUCACACGCGCGAGAAAAUACAAGAAGUCGGCUGUUAACAGAAAAAUAAAAAAGUCAUCCGUGUAUUAUCAGAUAUAUGGCAAGAUAAAGCGUUUAUUUAUAACCAAAACUUCAAUGUUGUUUGUUGAUAUCCAUGAUUUACCGCGUUGUUAUCUCAGUUUUAUCAUCGCGUGUAAUAACCGGUUCCUUCUCGAGCGGACUUCCUGUGCAAACAGCUUGACAGUCAGAAUGCAAUUUGUAGGUAAAUCGAGAUCGAAGUGAGUCGCGAACGUAGUAUUACUGUGUUUCUGUUUGUCCCCGGUUAUUUGACUGACUCUUACGUUUUAUCAUUUAAUUAAUUGAAAUAAUAGUAUUAUUUAACUCACUGUCAACAAAGGUAUAAUAUAAUCUGCGUUAAGCAAAAUUUUAAGCGGAGGUUUACAAAUUAUGAGUUCUAUGAUUUUGCUAAAAUCACCACAAAGGCUUGAUUUGUCUACACUUUUACAUAAAUUCUAUGUAUUAAUUUGUGAUCUUCGCCGACUUUUGUUCUGGUUUAUUUGAAAUUCAGACAACAGUUUAUUGUGUUUUCCGACUUUUAUGUUUCUGUAUAUAUUUAAAUGUCUGGGUGGCUGUACAUACAAAGUGUAAACUAAGUUUCUAAGAAAGUUUAAAGUUUUGCAUACAGUUUCAUAAUACAUAUUUUAUAUAUAAUAUAAAAGUAAUCAUAUAUUAUACUUUUAAAUAAAGAGAAUAUAUUUUAAAUUUAGAAACACGAUUAAAACU